ACUGCAGCAACAACAACUGCAGCCCCAACAACUGCAGCUCCCACAACUGCAGCCACAACAACUGCAGCAACCACAACCGCAGCCCCAACAACAGCAGUACCCACAAAUGCUGCUCCAACAACUACAGCCCCAACAACUGCAGCACCCACAACUGCGGCCCCAACAACAACAGAACCCACAACUGCAGCUCCCACAACUGCAGCCCCGACAACUAAGGCUCCGACAACUGCAGCCCCAACAACAGCAGCACCCACAACUACAGCUCCCACAACUGCAGUCCCAACAACAAGGGAUCCAACAACUGCAGCACCAACAACAGCAGCACCCACAACUGCAGCUCCCACAACGACAGUCCCAACAACCAGGAUUCCGACAACUGCAGCCCCCACAACUGCAGCUCCCACAACUGCAGCUCCCACAACUGCAGCCCCAACAACUGCAGCACCCACACCUGCAGCCCCAACAACUGCGGCCCCAACAACAGCAGAACCCACAACUGCAGCUCCCACAACUGCAGCACCGACAACUAGGGCUCCGACAACUGCAGCCCCAACAACUACAGCUCCAACAACAGCAGCACCCACAACCGCUGCUUCGACAACAACAGCACCCACAACUGCAGCUCCGACAACUGCAGCCACUACAACAGCAGCAACUACAACUACAGCCCCAACAAGUGCAGCUCCCACAACUGCAGCACCCACAACUGCGGCUCCAACAACAGCAGCACCCACAACUGCAGCCCCCACAACUGCAGCUCCCACAACAGCAGCACCCACAACUGCGGCUCCAACAACAGCAGCACCCACAACUGCACCCCAACAACUGCAGCAACCACAACCGCAGCCCCAACAACAGCAGCAUCCAGAACUGCUUCUCCAACAACUGCAGCCCCAACAACUGCAGCAACCACAACCGCAGCCCCAACAACAGCAGCAUCCAGAACUGCUGCUCAACUGCAGCCCGACAACUGCAGCACCACACCUGCAGGCCCACAACCCAACAGCAGAACCCACAACUGCAGCUCACAACUGCAGCACCGACAACUAGGGCUCCACAACUGCAGCCCCAACAACUACAGCUCCAACAGCAGCACCCCCGCUGCUUCGACAACAGCACCCACAACUGCAGCUCCACAACUGCAGCCACCAGCAGCAACUACAACUACAGCCCCAACAACAGCACCCACAACUGCAGGUCCAACAACUACAGCCACAACAACAGAAGUCACCACAACUGCUGCCCCAACAACUGCAGCUCCAACAACUACGGCCCCAACAACUACAGCCCCAACAACUACAGCUCCCACAACUGCAGCCCCAACAACGAGGGCUCCGACAACUGCACCAACCUCAACCGCAGCCCCAACAACAGCAGCAACCACAACUACAGCCCCAACAAACAACUGCAGCACCCACAACUGCAGCAACCACAACUGCUGCUGCGACAACUGCAGCACCCACGACUGCAGCUCCCACAACUGCAGCCCCAACAACUAGGGCUCCGACAACUGCUGCUUCGACAACUGCAGCACCGACAACUGCAGGAACAACAACUGCAGCCCCAACAACUGCAGCUCCCACAACUGCAGCCACAACAACUAGGGCUUCCACAACUGCAGCCCCAACAACUGCAGCAACCACAACCGCAGCCCCAACAACAGCAGUACCCACAACUGCUGCUCCAACAACUACAGCCCCAACAACUGCAGCACCCACAACUGCGGCCCCAACAACUAGGGCUUUCACAACUGCCGCUCCAACGACUGCUGCACCCACAACUGCGGCACCAACAACAGCUGCACCCACAACUGCUGCUCCAACAACUGCAGCACCAACAACAGCUGCACCCACAACUGCCGCACCAACAACAGCUGCACCGACAACUGCAGCACCAACAACAGCUGCACCGACAACUGCAGCACCAACAACAGCUGCACCCACAACUACAGCUCCCACAACUGCAGUCCCAACAACAAGGGAUCCAACAACUGCAGCACCAACAACAGCAGCACCCACAACUGCAGCUCCCACAACUACAGUCCCAACAACCAGGGCUCCGACAACUGCAGCCCCAACAACUGCAGCUCCCACAACUGCAGCUCCCACAACGACAGUCCCAACAACCAGGAUUCCGACAACUGCAGCCCCCACAACUGCAGCUCCCACAACUGCAGCCCCAACAAAUGCGGCCCCAACAACAGCAGAACCCACAACUGCAGCUCCCACAACUGCAGCAACGACAACUAGGGCUCCGACAACUGCAGCCCCAACAACUGCAGCUCCGACAACAGCAGCACCCACAACCGCUGCUUCGACAACAACAGCACCCACAACUGCAGCUCCGACAACUGCAGCCACUACAACAGCAGCAACUACAACUGCAGCCCAACCACAACCGUAGCCCCAACAACAGCAGCACCCACAACUGCAGCUCCCACAACUGCAGUCCCAACAACAAGGGCUCCGACAACUGUGCCCUCGACAACUGA